UUCCAAAUAAUCAGGAAGUUUUCGUAGACGCAAACACAGACCAAAGUAUUAUUGUAGAGAUAUUAGAAUUGGCUACCGAAGCGUCCCCGGAGGAAGUGGCGAGCUUUCAUUUUUCGUCCGUUGCACUUGACAAUGAUGCUGAAGACUCGAGCAUAGUUCAGCAAACUGGAAUUCUUACACCCGCCGAAGUCCCUAACCUUCCAUCAAAUACACUCAUGUAUUUUGCAAACGGCCAACAAAUGGUCGCCAAAUUCAACGAGCGUGAUUCGUCCGCGCGUAAUUUGGUAAAUAUAUUCUUGGCCGUCUUCCGAUUGCCACAAUAUCAGACUGACCUUGUUAUCACCUACAAUAUUCCUGUGUUAAUCGGCGCGAUGAGUAGUAGUAGACCUAUUGCGCAGGAGGGAAAUGUGCACGUGGGUUAUGAGGAAUUUAAACGAAUUUUGGCCUCGUUUCAGAUUGUUGAUUGGAAUGUAUUUGGAUAA